CAAAAGAACUUAUAGAGCCCUUAUAUACAUAUUUUCCUAAUGUUUUAGAGCGCGUGGUGAGGUGAAACACAUUUGCGGAGAGCGCGGAUGGACUUGUCAGUGUAGUUAUGGAGCCCCCUUUAAGCAAGAGGAAUCCAGCGAUAAGAUUAGCGGAUUUGGCAGCGACUCAACCCCUUCCUCAUCAGAAUAUGACAGGCUUCCCGGGGCUAGGGGGGCAUCACCCUCUCUCCCACCAUGCCCACCUCCACCCUGGGGAGCUGGGCAACGACCCCGGAGUGGCACUCACUCCAUUUGGACCAGAGCACAUGGCACAGACAAAUGCUCUCAAACUUAGCCCAUCUCAGCACAUUCAGAGCCAUCCCGAAGCCCAGACCGCGGCAUCUUUCACUUCUGCUCAGACCACAGUUGGUUUCCCCGUGGCUCACCCCCACUCAGGCUACUCAAGCAGCAGGGACUUCAUCCUCAGGAGAGAACUCUCAGCCUCUGCUAUGCAUGCACUUGGCGACCAGCAUAGUUCCGCCUCCUCCCCUCAUCACCAUGGCAUGUUCAUCUCCCCAACAGGUGCUUAUGGGCACGCGGAAAGUGGGGCCCAUUCACUUUUUACUGGACUUCACGACCAAGCGUCCCAAGGUGUCCACCACCAUGCCCUCAACGGGCAGAUGCGCCUUGGUAUACCGGGGGACAUCUACGGCAGGCCAGAGCACUUCGGGCACAGGCCAGAGCACUAUGGACCCUCUUCUCUCCACAGCUACAACUCCAUGAACCUCAAUGUGAACAUCGCUUCUGCUCCUCACGGAGCGGCGGGGGCGUUUUUAAGAUACAUGCGGCAGCCCAUCAAGCAAGAGUUGAUCUGCAAAUGGAUUGACCAGGAGGUGAGUCAGAAGAAGCCCUGCUCCAAAACUUACAGCACCAUGCACGAGCUGGUCAACCACGUCACGGUGGAGCAUGUCGGGGGACCGGAGCAGAGCAGCCACGUCUGUUUUUGGGAAGAGUGUCCACGCGAGGGAAAGGCGUUCAAAGCGAAGUACAAACUGAUCAACCACAUCCGAGUUCACACGGGAGAGAAGCCGUUCCCGUGUCCUUUCCCGGGAUGUGGAAAAGUGUUCGCCCGCUCGGAGAAUUUAAAGAUUCACAAGAGGACUCAUACAGGAGAGAAACCGUUCAAGUGCGAGUUCGAAGGCUGCGACCGAAAAUUCGCCAACAGCAGCGACCGGAAGAAGCACUCCCACGUCCACACCAGCGACAAGCCCUACUACUGCAAAGUGCGCGGCUGCGACAAGUCCUACACGCACCCGAGCUCGCUGCGGAAGCACAUGAAGGUGCACUGCAAGUCGCCGCCGCCCCCGUCCACCGGCGUCACCUACAUCUCCUCCACGAACCCCCUCGGCGACCCCCUCUCGCCCCACUCCGACGCGCACAGGAACCGCUCCGCGAACCUCUCCCCUCAGGUCACCAACCUCAACGAGUGGUACGUGUGCCAGGGGAGCGGCGGGCACAACAACCUCCACACCCCCUCCAGCGACGUGCCAACGUCCGACUCGGACGACGAGGACUCUUUCAGACACACAGACCCGAGGACGAUGCUCUGAUGCCCCCGACCACGUGACUGUCAAACGCCAUCCAUAGAGUAAAGUGUGUUGAUCCAUGGUGACCGCGCGCAACGUUGGGAUAUUGAUCUGUUAUUCUUCCACUGUUGUAUGAUUUAAACGCAGCUAACACACACAUGUGCUCGUUGGAUGCAACGCAGGCCUGAUCACAGGAGGAGGAAAUGCCUCUGCUGUGACCCCUGACCUUUCAGAAAAUUUAGAUCGCAAGUGUCAAAAUAACACAUUUAAGUGAUAUUAGAAAUGAAAUCGAAAAGGUUUAAAAUCACUGCCUCUUAUUCGAAAGGACCAAUUUUUCCAAUUUCACAAAAUAUCUUUCAAAACAUUUUUUUUUUUUGCAACAACCCCAGGAUGCAGGGUUUAAUUAACUGCAUGUCUUAGGACUCAACUGGUGUGAUGAAGUGUCAAUUUCCAUGUGACCUCCCAUCAUCACCUUGCAGUUUAAUAACUGGGCUGCUAUCAAUCACUGUCACAUCCCAGACAUUUAAGGGAAAUAAAUGGUACCGCUCCUGUAUCAUCACAACUGGCAACUAAACCAUUUAAUGGACAGGAUCUAGAGGGAAGAGUUGAGGCUUUUUAUUUUGUAUUUUCAAAAUUUCAUUUCAUGUGAUUUCUCUGAGAUGUUGUACAAACUUUGAUAAAGUGAUAAGGAAAAAAAAAAGAAAGAAGAAGGAGGCAAAUCUGUGUGUCUUAAGGGUUCUCAUUUUAUCUUUUCAGAUUUAUACAAUUCAUGUGUUUGGAUGGAAUUUUUGUAAUAUUUAAGAACUAUUUAAGACUAUAUUUUAUGCACAAUACACAAGUGUAAUGCUCGUUAAAGAGUACGAGUAAGUCCCUGGAGACCCUAAAUGUCUACACUGACAGGCUUUGACCCUGUAGGAUUUGUAUAUAUGUAACUGUGCUGAUGCUUGUGAAUGUUGUGUAGUUUUAAUUACAAAAAAAAAUUGUUGUUUUGUACAUUGUAAUUUAUUUGCUGGUAUCAAUGUUGUACUGGAAUUACAGGAACACCAAAGAAUAAUAAUAUCAGUUUUGGUGAUGCGUAGUACCCUGCUGAUGCUGUUUUUUUUUAUAUAUAUCUUUUUUUUCAACAUGUUUUUUUAAUUUUUAAUUGUGUUCUGUAAAAGACAAAAAAACAUUUACUUGAAUAGGCUGUGUAAUGUGAAAAAGUCCUUUUCUCGCAUGCCUUUUGUAGUGACCUGUCUUUCCCUCUGAGGUGCAUGGUCCCGUUGGACAUGAUGGAUAAAAAAAAGAGAUGAAUCAGCUAUGACUGUGCAGACCCUUGAUGUUCACAUUUUAAUUCACAAUAUACAUUACUGCUUAAGAAAUAAUUAAAAAUAACAGGAGGUAUACAGUAAAAUUAACAAGUGUCAAACUGUUAUGGUUUUUAUGAGUGAAUUUGAAGGGAUUUUGACAUUUGCAACAUAU